AUGGAAACUUCUCUACAUUUUCCAUCUGCAUCAGCGUCAAAUUCGCUUUCUUUUGUGGAUCCUUUAGGUGGUAAUACUAUCAUUCCUAUGCUUCCUAACCCUCAUCUUCAUCAUAACCAGUCAACUGUUCAACUCCCGUCACCAUCAACUCUUCCCUCGACCGUGGGCUCUUCUGCGAACAUUCAAAUCCCUGUUGAGGAUAUGGAGAAUUGGAAUCAGAAUCAUGAGGUGCAGAGGGUUGAUGCUUUGUCUUCUACUUCUAUUCCUGUUCUGGAUGCCUCUGGCGGGGACAUGUUGCUGAAUGAGUUAGAAGUUGAUAGAGAAAAGAAGAAUGAUAAUUAUGUUGAUGUAGAGGCCGAGAAUAGCGUGCUUGUUGGAAUGGUAUUGGGGAAGGUCAAGGUUCCUUGGAAAUAUAAACAGUUUAUUGAUGAUAUUUGUGGAAUUUUGCAUAGAUUUAAUAUCAAGGUUAGUCACAUUUUCAGGGAAGCUAACGGUCUUGCAGAUUUUCUGGCUUCUUAUGCUGUCAACGAAGCCUGCUGUUUUGAAUUUUUGGGUACUGAUUCGCUGCCUAUAGCUGGGAAGAUGAGGUUGCAUCACGAUCAACUUUCUUUGUCUACAUUGAGACGAAAAAUGAUCUUGGUUGAUAGCACUUGCAGGCAGCUUGAUACUGUUGACGUGCGCUUGAAUGGGAGACAGGAGCAGUUCCCUCUGUUGGUUGGGCUGGUUCUGGGGUCCUUUUGCUUUGGGCUGGUUCAUGUUGCUGGGGGUCUCCUGCGCCCUGCUGGUUUUGGGCUGUUCACGUGCACUGUUCAUGUGCACAGCUUGUUUAAUGCAGCUGCUGGCCCUCACUCUUCGGUUAUCUUCUAUCUUCAGCUGGGUUUUGAUGGCCUUUUACCUGGUUUUUCAGCUGGUCUCCGUCAGCUGUCUUUUCUUAUGGUGUCUGCUGGUUCUUGGUCUGCCGCCUGGCCUUCAUUGCAGGCUGCCACAGUAGCUGGGGACUGUUCACGCGACUGUUCACGUGACCUGCCUGGCUCCUGCUACAGCUGUUUUUCUGCGGUGAUCAUGCUGCCUUCCCAGCUGGUUUCAGCUUCUCAUGGAUUUGCGUCUGUCAGCUGGUUAUGGAUCUCUUUCAGCUGCUGCUCUCCUCGUUUUCAGCUGACGCAGUUAUGUUUUGGUUCCUUCGGCUGCUUUCAUACGGUUGCUCAUGGUGUUCAGCUGGACUCUCAGCUGGAUUUCCAGCGGCUCUUAUGCAGCUAUUUAGCUGGUUCAGCUGCAGCUGGUCUCCUCACCUUCUCUCUGCUGGGGCUCUAUGGAUUGUCUCUUCUGGUUUCAGCUGGUUUUAAUGGUUCUCCAGCUGGAAUUUCAGCUGUUUCUCAUCCUUUUUAUGGCCUUUGCGCCUUUGCUUGUCCUGAUGCUGCUUGGAUUAAAGCCAACUUUGGCCUUUCUCUUUUUGUUCAAGCUAUACUUUUGCUUCUUCUCUCUGUUGCCUUUUAUGCAUUUUUUGCUCCGUUUCUUGGGAAGAACGUGUAUGAAUACGUGGCCGUUGGUGUUUAUUCCUUCUUGGCACUCAGUGUAUUUGUGCUUUAUGUUAGAUGCAGAGCUAUUGAUCCCGCUGAUCCUGGAAUUUUGACUGAAGCUGCCGAAACACCAGCUUAUGGAUUGCAAAAUGACACAGAUUUGCGUGGAAUUGCAUCUUCUCGUGAAGAACCUAGCAAAGCCGGAUUGGAGAAUGGAGGAAAAUCUGAUAGGUGUGGUUCAAGUGGUUGUUCAAAAAUUGUGGGACUCGUUUGUGGUUUUUCUGCGUGGGAAGAUUGUCGGAAAGAUGAAGAUCUUUUUGCUCAACAAACUGGAGAAGAAGAUGCUUUGUUCUGCACAUUGUGCAAUGCUGAGGUAAAAUUUACUGAAAAAGUGAGUAUAUGCUCUUGGUCAAAACCUCGAAUUAAUGAGUGCGCAAGUUCGGCAAACAUUGCAAAAGCUGUGACAAAUGUGUUGAUGGGUUUGAUCAUCACUAUAGGUGAAUGUGAUGCAGUCCAUAAGAUGCUCAAGGAAAUGAAAAUUAAAAGAUACAACAAAUUUUAUAAAAUUGGUGGUAUCAAGAUUUGGUUGAAUAAUUUUGUUGGGAGGAAAAAUUACAUCACAUUUGUGUGCCUUAUGGCUGUAAGCCUUGGCUGGCUUGUUUUUGAAUUUGGAGUGGGCAUUUCUGUUCUUGUUCGUUGCUUCACUGAUAGGAAGGCAACAGAAAAUCAGAUAACUGACAGGCUUGGAGAAGGAUUCUCACGACCCCCAUUUGCUACUGUAGUGGCGCAUUUCGACUCUUAUUUAUCGGUUCCAUUUGGAGGGUGCACAUGGCAAUCAGCACAGCAGCACCAACGGCAGUGGAUAGAGACUUCUCAUAAAGAUGGCGGCUUUUUCAUAAUCUUUUGGUUUUUUGGGCUCCAAUGGCCAUGGCUUCACUACAGAGCUUUGCGAGAUUCAGCGUUGAUAAUAUUCUACAUUGGUGAAUUCAGACACUCGAACACCCAUGCUGGGGUGCAUGACAGAGCUAAGCACUGUAAGCAUCCUCGGGUGCCAAAUCCUGUAGCUGAUGGACUGAAAUACUAUGAUGUUGUUGAGGGAAAUGGCCCUGUAGCUGAAAAAGGAUCAACAGUGCGGGUGCAUUUCGACUGCUUAUAUCGUGGUAUUACAGCGGUGUCAAGUCGAGAAUCUAAACUCUUGGCUGGAAAUUGCAUCAUUGCACAGGUUGGAGCUCCCCCUGGAAAAGAACGAAAGCGUGAAUUUGUGGACAAUCCAAAUGGUCUGUUCUCUGCACAAGCUGCACCAAAGCCCCAACGGCCAUGUACACAAUGA